AUACUAGUGACAGAUCCCCUACAGUGCCCGUCCCUUCUAAUGCUCCUACCGUGGAAAGGGACGUGUCCUGUGCAAUUAGUCAUAAAAGUAGUUGGACGAAAGUAGACCCACACGCGGUUUUCAAAUUGAGGAGCCUCUUUAGUCAUUAAAACGUAUGUACGCGUGGGUAGUUGAUUUUCUAAUGGAGGCUUAAUCAUUGCGGUAUGUUUUUGACCAGACCGCAUUUCCGAGAGAAAGAAACCGCAGACUUAUACUCGUCUUUUUCUUUACGGACAUGUAGCAUAUACUACAUAGGUUAAAGCAGCAUAGACCGUGUUAUCUUCAGUUGACAUUAUGCUGCAUGCCGGUACAGUAUAUCAUCGAUCCGAAACGUUGGUUUAAUUACAUGCUAGGUCUAUAAACACUGAUGUACAGAUGGAAGCAGCCUGAUGGGUCAGACAGCACGAUUUUCUCUAUAGCUAUGACGUAUACCUAGCAAUUAUAGUCCAUUUAGUUACAUAAUGCGCAGCUUCUAUUAAACUGUGUUCGUAAUUACGUAAACUGCAGCCUUCGUGGUACUAAACAAAAAUUCAGUCGAAAAUAUCGUAACAGAAAGCGACGAUUUGAUGUCACUAUCAGGGACAUAGUCAGACUGUAUAUCAGAGUUGUGUGUAUAUGGUAUGGCAUUAAAGCAGUUGUGUAGAUCCAUAAAAAUAAGUUAGGGCCAAAUCCGGCUUUUAAAUUGCGACGCGACUUUCCCCCGAGCUACGUAACAUAUACGUCAUUAGGAUUUUGACAGCCAUUAGAGCUAGUGUCAAUGUACUUACGACAGCAAUAUAUCGUUUGAAAAUGCCGUAGCGUGUUAGGCAGUAUUGCUAUUGCAUUAGCCCAAUGGAAAAUGCUAUUUAGAAAUUUAGUUUUUCUCUCUCGCUUUACCGACGUGUUUUUAUAAUGACGUGAAUUAUUUUUUUAACAGAUUAUUUUACUUAAGACGGAAAUGUACUGCACCAUUGCGUCCAUGCCGACGUCUGAUUUAAUAAGUCAUAAUAACCUGCAUGGGAAAUUACCAAGCCAACUGUCGCACCAAAGCAAUAAUAAUAUGAGGCCAGAAAACCAAUACAUUUCUACGACUAUAAGUAGAAGGUUAUGUGCCGAAGCAUCAUAUGCUGUGUUAGGGGUCUCGGGGUAUGGUAGCACAAUCCCAGGAUACGGAGCAGCACUACAGAACUACGUUGGCAACAUGUGUAAUGCAUUUACGAGCUCGACGACGUCGGAUAACGAUAGUAGCUGCUAUGUAGAACGAAGAACUAGAGCAGAUAAAAAGGGAAAUUCACAAAACCGACCAAAACCAGGAUUUGCUCAAAAGAUGAAUCCUAAUUCUGUAGUUUCUGAUCACCCAAGUUCGUCUUCAAGCGGCCGCGAGAUGUCGCCAUCCUCGGCCCCAGGAAGCGUUAUUGUUAACCAAGGUAAACCUAUCAACGUGACGAGUGACUCCAAGACUUUGCCCACGGAAAAACAGUCUAGGUCGCGUUGCAGGCACCGAGAUGAGACCUUGGACAAAACAAGCAAAGUUAAACAGGCGGUGGACCAAGCGGUUCAAAGCCAAUAUCUGAACUGGAAGAAUUCUCGGCCUUGGGCAGACCAACCUCAGAAGCAAAAAGGGUCAAACGAGUUGCAAAAUGUUCAGAGCAAAAUAUAUCGGUUUCAGAAAACGAUAAACAACGCUUUGAGUACAAGGUUGGAGACACGGAAUGUAAACAAUGAGGCUAUGGAAGUGGAACAUCAUACGACUCUCAAAAAUAGUUAUAAAUCUAACAGUUUGGCUUUACAUUCCCGCGCUAAAGGAGCCCUUGCUUCGAAAACUAACAACGAUUCGAAGCUUUUCGGCUCAAAUAUUCAUAAUGACAGAAGUGAUUCAAAAAAACUGGUCCCCGCAUCUGCUGAAGACACUCAGUCAAAAUUAAGAUUUGCUCAUGCGAACAAUACUACCCCGACUUCGGACGCAAUAAACGCCGCAAAAUUAGCAAAAGAAUCCGCAUCGAAAAAAAAAUCUUUUCUUGAAAUGUAUGAGGUUUACGGAAUAAUUGGCGUUGGCGGUGGGGGUAUGGUGUAUUCUGGCAUCAGAAUUGGCGACUCGCAGCCAGUUGCCAUUAAGAGGAUCAUGCGGGAAAAAGUAAAAAGAUGGGAGAAGAUUUACGGACGGAGUGUGCCGCAAGAAAUCGGGCUAAUGAUUCGAGUAAAUGGUCAUCACGGGGUUAUUAAACUGCUUGACUGGUAUGAGUGCCUUGACUCCUUUAUUCUUGUGCUUGAGCGACCAAAGAACUCGGUUGACCUCUUUGAUUACAUUCGUGAAGUCGGUCGAAUGACUGAAAAAGAAGCAUGCAUGAUAUUUAGACAGGUCGUUUCUGCAGUGCAUCACAUACACGCACGGGGUGUUGUCCAUCGUGAUAUAAAAGACGAGAAUAUCGUGCUUAACCGUGAUACUGGAGAGUCAAAGUUGAUAGAUUUUGGCUGCGGGACUCUGCUGCAUGAAAAUCAAUACAAAGACUUCAGCGGUACACCUGAAUUUUACCCUCCGGAAUGGUUCAAUCAGCAUUAUUAUAAAGGCAAAACAGCAGCAAUAUGGUCUAUGGGAGUUCUAUUGUAUGAUAUGCUCUGUGGAGAAAUACCGUUCAAAUCAAAGCAAAAAAUUGGCCAAGGAAAAUUGGAGUUCAAGGUCUCUCUGAGCUCCGAAGCCAAACACCUCAUUUCUUGGAUGUUGGCAGUUAAUCCAGAAUCCAGGCCAAACAUAAAUGAGAUUUUGCAACAUCCAUGGGUGACAUUGCGUAGGUGAUGCUUCUCCACACCGACAUCUAGCGAUGAAAGAAUCUAAAAUUAGCGCCGAUGAGAAACGCUACCACAGUGGCUUCUUUUGAAAGUGAUUUACGGCAGAGAAAAUAUAGUACCUCGAUUACACGCACUGUGCGAACACAUCGAUGACCAGUGAAGAACUGAGUUCAAAAUGGCGGCGUUUUAGCAAGAAAUUUGCACAAAACCAAUACCGUGGGGUAAAGUUGUGUGUACAAGUGAUGCAGAGCGGUUGCGGUCAUUCGAUCUACAGACAUGAACCCUGUUUAUCUGGAAGGAUAAAAAUACUUCAGUUUUAUCGUAUUUAUACUGUUUAGUUAUAAGAAAAAUCCUUUAAAAGUGCAAUCCGUCAAAAGGCUUCAAAAUAAAGCAAUUUUUGAACAAUAUACAAAA